CGAAGUACCAAGUUGCAUUGGGUAAGACUAUGACUUCGCAUGUGCUGAUAAAUGUGUUUAAUGUUGUCCUGUCGUGUUGACUUACUUUUGUUUUCUAUCCGUACUGCCCGUGCUACUUUUUUAGAUAUGACUGCGUUCAAUCUUGAGGUGGAUCCUAAACGAAUCGAAGCCCAUGAAAAUGAGGAACCUCCUGCCUAUGAGCCAACCGACGAAGACGGUAUUGCAAUUCCGACGAGCUCGUCCAACACUGAAGUUACGAAGGGUGAAAAUAACGGAUUUGAAGGGGAGGUGGUAGAAGAAGAUGCUGAAGAAGAAAGACGGGCGGAAGCUUCAGCUAUUAUGUCAGCAGAAAACACGAAGAUGAAAGGAGCAUCGGGGGAUAAUUCACAUUGGGGAAGUCAGAACGAGCCAGAAGUUGGUGCGGGAUUUGACAAUGAAAUGGGGGGAUUCCCGCACGAAGAGGGACCAAGCAUGGACGAUUUUUUCCACGACGACUCUUACAAUGACAAUGAUGGGGAGAAAGAAGAAAGUUUAGGGAAGAGAGUUUCGGAACCGGUAGUGACAAUAAAGCAAGAUGCUUCCGAAUUGGUAUCGUUGGUACCCAAGAAAAAGAGCUCAAAAUCUCGUCGCCCAAAGAUUCGGCCGUCCUCAAAAAAAAAGGGCAAAUAGGCGUGUCGGACCAUGUUAAAAAUUGGGAAAAUUGUUUCGCUACGCUCAGAUUCAAUGCGU